AUGAGUGAUAGUAUCGACUUCAACGACAUGAUAAAUUUGAAUAGGUAACUUAUUAUAAAUAUGUAGGAAUAUUUACGGUACCUAGUAACAAAAAGAAGAAAGCAAGAUGAUUCAUAAACCUGUGGAUGAUUCAAGUCUAACAAUUGAUAAUAUACUUAAAGGAAAUUAGUAUAAUAUAUUAAUGUGAGUAACUUAGAGCAUUUUAUAAUCCUAUGUCAUUACAAGCAUCAUAAUUGAAAGAUAAGAUAGAAGAAGAAUCUCAGGAAGAAAAAGUUAAUUUUUUUCAAGAAGUUUAAUUGUUAACAAAGAUACCUGAAAUUGUGUCUUUCAAUUUAAUUUAUAAUUAAAAGACACUUUUUAAAAAUGAAGGCAUCCCUUAUGAAGAAGCUAAACAUUUAGAUAAAAGUAUUAGCAAUAAUAAAGUUAGCUCGAAUUAAAAGAAAAGAAAGAGAAUUAAAAGUUAGCGGAGCAUCUGUUGAAAAAGAGAUUGCUCCAUCAAAGAAACAAUAUGUUAGAUUAUAUAAAAAUCAGAUAUCUAAAAUUUGUUUCAUGGCUCCUAAAAAUCUAUUGUUAAUUAGCCAACAUUUAGGUAAUAAUACUAAGUGGGAGAAACAAUUAAAAAUUUAAGAUUUUGGUGGAUAGAGACCAUCAUUAUCAAUAGUUUAAGAGAAAACCACAGGAAGAUUCUACAUCUAUGAUAACAAACAAGGAAGAGUACAUAUCUUUAGUUCAGAUAUGUUGAUAAAUGAUAACAAGGAUAAACCAUUAGUUUCAUUAAAUCUGAAUGAAGAUAAACCUAGAUAAGAUCCAUUAUUAUAUUUGAUUGAAUGUGAACAUGAAUAUUAAUGGAAAAGUGUUCUUCUUGUAAUUGGAGGACAUCAUUUAUAGAGAGGAGAAAAAAAACCAUUGAAAACAAUAAAAGUAUUUGAAAUAAAAAGAAGAGAAGUUACAUUAACACCUGUAUUAACAAUAACAAUGACUAAAUCAAGAAUGAAUCCUAUAGUUUUUGAUCUAAUAAAAGACAAAGGUUUAAUUUGGUAAGAUAAAGAUAAUGGAGAUAAAGAGAAAGUAGAUGCUGAACAUAGAUCAGUAGAUCAAAAAUAUAUUUUUAUAAUGGGUGGUAAUCCUUUAUUAGAAUAUGAAAAAGAAGUUGAUUAAGAAUUGAUAGAAGCUAAUUAAACUUGUGAAUAUAUUAGUUUAAAAUUAAUAUUGGAACAUAUAGCUAGAGCUAAACUAGUAAAUAUAUUAUUAUAAUUAUAAAUAGUUUUCAAUGACAGAUUAAGCUAAUUUAAGUUUGAAUUUUGGAAAAUUCUCUAUUGUUGAUACACUUACUAUUAAGUAUCAAAAUAUUAUUGCCACUGAAAAGGUUUAUAAUCAUUUUUAUAAUGCUUCAGUGACAAAAAUGGUUGAUGAUGUAUUCAAAUAAAAAGCAUUAAUUAUUUUAGGAGGCAAUACAUCUUAAACAUUCUAAAUUUAAGCUAUAUCAUUCAAACUUAAUGAAAUUACUUUAAUUGGAUAAACUAAAUAAAUAUCUAAACCAUCUGUUAUAUACUCAGCCAGUAAUUUAAGGUAAAGUAUAUUAAUAAAAAGAGAUAUUUUGAGAAGAAAGUCUUUUAUUUUGAUGAGACAGAUAAAAAAGAUCCAUCACAGUUAUAAAAUUUGGAAUCUAGAAGAGAUAAUAAGGUAGCUUGUACUUGUAGUAUAAUGUGAAUAUAAGGAAAGUUUAACUUUAUAAUUAAUAAAAUGUUAAAAUUUAAAAAUAUAUACAAAUUAUUAAUAUAGGUUAAGCCAACUCCUAAUCCAAAUUUUCUUAAAUUUAUUCCAAAUGGAAAAUAAGUAAUGGAAAAUGGAACCUAUGAUUUCUCAAGAGCAAAAGAAGCUCAAUGUUCACCACUUGCCUAAAAUUUAUUUAAUAUAAAUGGAGUGACUAGAGUGUUUUAUGGAAGGGAUUAUAUAUCAAUAGCUAAAAAAGAAGAAAGUAGAUGGGAUGAUUUAAAACCUAAGAUUUUUGAAUUGAUUUAAUAAUAAUAUGAAUUGAAUCAAGAUGGUUAAGAGAAAUUAUUGAUAUUUGAGGGAUUUAAUUAAAAUUAAGACACAAUUAUUAAUGAAGAUGAUAGUGAAGUAAGAUAUAAUUUAGAAUUAUAUAGCCUGUUUAAAUGAUUAAAGAGAUUAUAGAUAAUCGUAUUAGACCUACAGUUUAGGAAGAUGGAGGAGAUAUAGUAUUUAGAGAAUUUGAUGAAUAAAAUGGAAUUGUUUAUUUGUAUAUGAAAGGAUCUUGUGCAGGAUGUCCUUCUUCAGCAAUUACAUUAAAAAAUGGAAUAGAAAGAAUGCUUUGUCAUUAUGUAGUUGAAGUUAAAUAAGUGAUUGCUGAAGAUUAUAUAGGAUCUGAUUGA